AUGGACGAGGUGGCCUUUCCGGCCAUUGACCGGGCCAAGCGCAGGUUCCUCAAGCAACCAAGCGAAGGCGACGCCGGUGCGCUUUUGCGCUCCCUCUACCAGGCGCUCGACGCUGACCUUGCGGGCCGAUAUGCGCCACCGGUCAUUGACCUGCCGGCGCUUGAAACUAGCUACGCGGAGCUGCUCGUGCUUCUCGACGCACCCAUCACGCUGCCUGAGCUCGAGUCGCGUUGA